AUGGCUGCUUUAAUGAAGAAACGAGUGCUAGCUGAAUUUAAUCAGAGCCAGGCGAUUGUUAAUGAGCCGCCAACCAAACGGCUAAAAACUCUAAGAUUAUUGUCAACAUCUGGUUCGAAGAAUGGUACUGACAGUAGCACAGCAUUAGCUUACAUAGAAUGCCUGGAGAAAUGUAAGAGCAGGAGUGAUGCAUUACAACUGCUCGUUCGUAUUUCGGAUGCUAUAACGUAUAUAGCGCCGGAGGAUGUUCCCACUGCUGUAAAGAAGUUAGCGGAAAGAUUUGCUGUCGAGAAUGAAGUUGCAGUUAGAGCCAAGAUUUUCUGGGUAUUUGCUGAAUUGGGAGAAGUCACUCCCGACACAUUGGAAAAGGCAAAAAUUGUGACUGAAAUUGCUGAACUUCUAAGAAAUGAGGAAUCGCACAGAGUGAAGAGUCGGGGAUUAGCAACGCUCUUAAAAUUAGGAGAUUAUCAAAGACCAUUGGCAUUGAAGAUUGCACAGGAACAUCUUCCUGACACAUGGCAUGGUGUUCAAACACGAUGUCUUUCUAUCAUUGGACGUUAUUUAACAGCAAAUGCUGCUGAUGAUAUCUUAACAUUAAUUGGCAAUUAUGCCCACUCUCAAGACCCACGGGUUCGUGCUCAAGCUUUUGAAACCAUGGCAGAAUUGCAUUCUCACAGAGGUUGUAGACUUCCUGCAAGUUUCUUUAAGGAAGCUUGUACAGCUCUUCGUGAUGAUUAUGAGAUCGUACGCCGAGCUGUUUUGAAACUUAUCUGGCUUUUGGGCAGGGAAUAUCCAGAAAACAUUGUUGUUGGGUCUGAUGGAGAGGAUGUACGUAUGGUGGACUGUGCUUUUUCACAAAUUUGCAGUCUUAUGGGUGAUUUAUCACCUCGUGUGAGAGCAUCGGCAAUGUCUCUUUUGGGCACCAUGAAGAGUGUAUCGCGUCGUUACAUAGAACAAGCCUUGGAUAAAAAGCAAAUAGUGGUCGAAGCGGACAGACCUGAAGUUGAAGAAAAGAGUGGGUCUUGUGGAGCAUUCAUUCAUGGUUUAGAAGAUGAAUUUUUAGAGGUAAGGACAGCAGCAGUUGAAGCACUCUGCACACUUUCAUUAGAACAACCGAGUAUAGCUAGAAUUUCAUUGGACUUCAUGGUGGACAUGUUCAAUGAUGAAAUUCAGGACGUCAGAUUAAGGGCUAUCGAAUCUUUAAAGAAAAUGUCAGCAAGCGUAACCCUUCGGGAAGAUCAGUUGGAGACAAUUUUAGGCGCAUUGGAAGAUUUUUCGGGAGAAGUGAGAGAAGGCUUGCACGCUAUGUUAGCUGCUAGUCAUCUUGCCACUACAAAUUGUCUUUACAUGUGCGUUAAUCGUUUGCUAGAUAAUUUAACUCGGUAUCCUCAAGAUAGGGAGAGUAUUAGAAGUUGUUUAGCAGCAUUGGGUGCAUCACAUCCGUACUUAACGUUGCCUCUAGUACCGCAACUUCUCGGCCGACAUCCUUUCUUUGACACACCCGAGCCAGAUGUGGAUGAACCGUCUUAUGCAAGCGUACUGGUUUUAAUCUUCAAUGCCGCGUUACACUGUCCAAGCAUGCACGCUCUGUUUACGGAGCAUGCUUCUAAACACUAUCAUUAUUUGCGUGACACUAUGCCACAUCUAGUUCCGCGAUUGCGACCAGCGCUUACAAGUGGUUCAGGAAUUAAAAUGGAAGAUAUGGAUAACGAAGAGAAGAGGGAUCAACGUGGUCGAGAAUUCUUAGAAAAGAUGGUAGCCGGAAUUGAAAAUGCUAGACCAGGGGGGAGAGUUCAUACACAACUUUUGGGGACCGCAGCCAUUGAUCUUGAUCGUCUAGCAGAGAUGGAUCAUCGUAUGGAAGGUGCAGCACAUUUCACGGCCUUGUAUAUUCGAUGUCUAUUGUUAUUAAAAUCUGUUCUUAAAGAAUGUUCUGCAUUUUCGACAACAUCUAUUUCGGCGAAUCCAGUGCCGAAUACUAACAACAAUAUUUUCGUUCUUCUUCAGCACACGCAAAAAUUACAACGCUUAUUUAGUGGAUUAGGUGAGAAUGAAAUUAUAUUGGCUAAUGAUAUGUGGCUAAAAGCACUGGCUAUAGAAUUGGUUAGGGUGACCAGGAGUGCGACUGGCAGCGCAUUACCACUGGCUCGUUACUUUUUAUCGGAAGCCGACGCUUUGCCUCAAGAUACAUCGAGACUACCGCCAUUCUCCAGAGCUCUGGUUUUACAAAUACCGACUUUGGCGGAUGUGAAGCCAGGUUCUUUAACGCGGCUUUUGCUGCCAUUGCUUUUGACACCGGUAACACAAGGGGAAGAACGAUUGCCGAGACCGUCGGCGACAACGCGCUUCUGUCGAGCGCAUAUCGAGGAACCCAGAGGCGAUGCCGAUGCUGCAUUAAAAUUCACAGGCGGCCUUUUGCUGGGAAUUCCUCUAAACGCCAAAAUAUUGAAUCUACGCGAUCCCUCUACUCUGCGAAUAAAACUAAGACACCCGGAUCAACAAGUGCAAUUACUGUUACCACGACAGUCAGAUUUGCGUAUGCAACAAUUCGAUCAAAAAGAUUAUAGAUUGAGGACGACAGUUCUUCUGUCGCAUCAAGUGUGGAUGGAGCCUUGUAAUAUAGAAAUCUCCCUAGCAUUGCUAUUACCCUCAUCUUCAAUUUGCACGCAUCCACCUGUAGAUGAUCCAUGUGUGAUUGAUUUAUGUAAACCUACCAAAGUAUCAAUUGCACCGAAAGCCAUCAAAAGAGGCAUAUGAUUACGUCACUAUGUAAUAAUAAUUUAAUAUUUUUCGAUCAUUUAAUUUGUAUGUAUCUUUGUAAAUCAAACUUUAAUACUUCACGCAGAGAAUAAAUUUGUUAAUAAAACAUUGAAA